CCAUGCAUAAGUAUAAUUAAAUGAAAAUAAUAUGGUUGCUUAAAAAGAGUAGAGAUUUAGUUUGUGGUUACUUUUGUUAAUCUGGUGAACGUUCUCUCCUAACUGUAAUCUCAGAAUCUCAAAACGCCUGUCAUUUUCAAAAUUAUUCCGAUUACUCGCCGGAAAAUAUCGCUGAUCCAUUUCACCCGAAUUGAUCUUUCUCUCGCAAUUCAGUUGGAAAUGGGGGUUGAUUACUACAACAUACUGAAAGUAUCGAGAAACGCGAGGGACGAAGAUUUGAAGAAAUCGUACAAGAGAUUGGCGAUGAAAUGGCACCCGGACAAGAACGCACUCAACACUCAAGAAGCGGAGGCCAAAUUCAAGCAGAUUAGCGAGGCCUACGAUGUUCUCAGCGAUUCGCAGAAGCGGCAGAUCUACGACUUGUACGGCGAGGAGGGCCUCAAAUCGGGCCUCUACGCCCCGCCUACCGAUGUUUAUAAGUUCAGCCCUAGAGAUGCAGAGGAUAUUUUUGAGGAGUUUUUUGGUGGGCUGAGGAAGGCCGCGGUGAUGGAGACUAAGCUGCCGUGUAGUUUGGAGGAGUUGUAUAAAGGCUCGAGGAGGAAGAUGAAGAUAUCAAGAAUCGUUCUUGAUGGCUCAGGCAAGCCCGCCACGGUUGAAGAGGUUCUAUCCAUACACAUCAAGCCCGGUUGGAAGAAGGGUACCAAGAUUACGUUCCCUGAGAAAGGGAACCAUGAAGCUGGGGCUGCCCCGGGAGACCUAAUCUUCGUUGUGGAUGAGAAGCCCCAUCAGGUUUUCAAAAGGGACGGCAAUGAUCUGAUAAUCCACCUAAAGAUCUCUUUACUCGAUGCUCUCACGGGAAAGACUUUCAAAAUUUCAACACUAGACGGGCGAGACCUCACUGUCUCAGUGUCGGAUAUCGUAAAACCUAGCUAUGAAAUGUUGAUCCAGAAUGAGGGCAUGCCUAUAUCGAAAGAACCAGGCAAACACGGAGACCUACGGAUCAAGUUUGACAUCAAGUUCCCCUCGAGGCUCACGGCUGAUCAAAAAUCGGACCUAAGGAGGGUCUUGGGCAAGAGAUCCGGUUAGUUCUGGGGUCAAUUGGAAUGCUUAUUAAUUACUCUUGUUAACUUGAUGUAUAUUCUUGAACCAUUUUAUUUUCGGAGAAAUAUAUGUUCUUGUGCAUAGUAGGAUAAACAGAUUGAGGCUGGUUUCCUUUUCAUGUUUAGCCAAUAUCUUUUAGCUCAGAUAUUGAUGUGAAAAUCUGUAAAAAUGCAAUAUUUCUGUGUAAUUUUGUUUCAAACUAUAUAUCUUGAUUUAUUGGUUAUUUGGAGAUGUCACUUUUGAUCAAAUAAAACUGUUUCCUUCAGCA